AUGGCAACGUCCUACAAUUGGUCUUCAGAAUGCCGUUUCAAACUUUGGGGAAAUCCUGAAGCGCAGAGAGGUCUGCGUCAGGAACGGCAAACCUUAAAAAAGGAGAGCAGCUCUAAUCCACCAGUGUCACUGAUUGUGAAUGAGCUGCACCCAAAUGUGACAGAACAGGAGUUGCAUGCAAUAUUCUUCCCAUUCGGCCCCAUCUGUACUGUGAAAGUGUGCAGAGAUAUAAGAUCCAACCUGUCUCACGGGUAUGGUUUUGUUACUUUUGAAUGCCGCCAUGAUGCAGAAAAGGCCCUAAAGGCUCUUAAAUUUUCAGAGCUCAUGGGGAAACCAAUGAACAUCAUGUGGGGCAAAGACACAACUAUUAAGGUGCUAGCUAGGGACGAUGAAAGAGGUUUCAGUGACAUUUAUGUUGAAGAAACUGAACUCACUGAGCAGUCACGGGGAAGAAGGCUUGCUAAUACUGUGAAAGGUUUUUUGACAACAUCUUUGAGCAGCCCGGUAACCUGGCUGGGUAUUGGUCUUUUUGCCCUAGCUGUACACAGAGCUCACUGCAAUACCCCUUUAAUUUACUUUCCAAUUUAUCUAUGGAAAGUCCAUUGA